CGUCCGUCUCCUGCUUCUCUUUUGGCCUGUUUUGCGACAUGUGUCUAGUGAUUCUAUCUCUGCAAAUUGCUUCACUUGGAGAGGGUUCCUCAUUGUCAAUUACACGCAUCUAAUGAACCAGCUAUCAUCAAGGCCGCCUUUGCACCUUAAGAGUCACCACCAAGCGGUCCCCGGCCUUCCCGUCACUCACCAUCAAAAUGUUAGCACCAACAUCAUCGACCUCAACUUCCACCUUCCCCUAUAACCCCCUCCAAACCUCUGACUUCAACCCCCCCUCCUCCUGCAGGGGCAUCUACCUCGACACCAGCGGCCACGGCUCUAUCGAUAUCCUUACUAUUGGCAACGACCCACUAUGCCUCCCUAAGAAUUUUAAUGCUGCCAGUACCGCCUUCUACUCCCCCGGCACCGCCUGUCCGACGGACUACACGGCCCAACCCCAGUGCAGCCGCAGCGACGGCGUGCGCGCCAUUACCACCGUGACCUGCUGCCCCGUCCGCGGCGACAUGACCUUGACCUGCAUCGAGGACACGCUCGUUCGUCAAGAUCGAUGGGCGUUGCAGUUCUGCACCUGGAUGGCCGACCUCACCUCCACCCACCCCAAGACCGUCGUGGAUGUGACGGUGUCAGAGUCCGCUGGCGCGUCUCCGACGACGACAGUUUGGACCCUCUACGGCGAGGAGGGCGGCGUAAAUGCGUAUGGCAUUCGGUAUGUGUACCAGGCGAGUGAUCUCGGACAGGUGAGCAAGGGGCUCUCAACGGGCGGCACGAUUGCCGUGGCGGUCGUUGUUCCGGUGGUGGCAAUCGCGGCGCUGGUGGGUUUGUUAUUCUGGUGGAGGCGGCGCAAGCGCCGCUACGCCAGCGUGCAGCCUGACGCUGCAAAGCCAAGCGCAUAUGAUGGGGGCACGAAGGCGACGGCGAAUCCGCAGGAGCUGGCUGGCGCCGGCGACGCGCAGGGCGGGUAUAAUCUUAAUUACUACCAGAGCCCCAGGGUGCUGGUCGAUCAGAACCAGCCCCAGGGUGGGCACAUGGAGUUUCAAGCGCUUGAUCGCCCGGCUGAGCUGCCGGUGAGCAUUGAGCUGACGGAGUUGCCAGCUAAGAAUGUGAGCAGGAGAGAGGGUGAGAUAGGGUAA